UUGCUCAUCCCCAGCCAAUCCCGGGCCAGGGUCUAGAUGUGGCCUUAUCGGAGGGGCGUAUCGGGCUGACAUGUGAAAGCCGCCGGGACUCGUUCGGAACUUUCCACCUGCACAAGCACCUGCUUGUUUCACAAAGGCAAAACGCUCAUCGAAAUCCCGCAGCUGUUGUCAUUCUCUGCGUCAGAAAAACGCAACCCCCACCAUUUCAUGGUUCACCCCUCAUCGGCGCAGCCCACCUGCAACAUGGACAAAAUGGACGAUCUCGCAGCAGUGAGCGAUACAGUGGUAUAUCGGCAAGUGCUGACGGUUUUCUCUCCUGUGAUCCCGGCAUCUAUUCGACGACAGCUUCCUCGUUUAUAUUCCACGAUGUCUCGCACUGUGAAAUCGGACAAGUCCAGUGUCAAAUCCGGCGACUCCCGGAGUGGCUUUAUGCGCUCGAUGCGGUUGUCUUCUGACGAUUCGGGGGCGGGAUAUGCGAACUCCUUGUCCGAUCUUUCUUCAGGGCCUGAUCUUCAGCGUCCCGGUACCGCCAGCAGUGCCUGGACUGGGCGAGAUUCAUAUGCUUCGUCUGUUUGUGAGAAGCAGGACUAUACGGAGGGCUCUAGCGUCGGGGGCAGUAGAUCUGGUGAUGUGCCCUCGGUGAAUCCCAAGUAUGAGAUGGAAUCUGGAUUGCAGUGGAAUCGAAUCGUGCCUGCCCUUAGUCUACUGCAAAACGCCUCCCACGAAGCUCAGCAGCGUAGAUGCGACGCUCGUCUAGCACGCUUACUGUACAUUAACGCUCUGGGUUAUCUGCUCGACGGCCUCCCUGCAGACAUGACCGAUGACGAGAUUAGAACGAUCCGGCGCAAUCUCCCUGCCGAGGUGAGAGAGACUUUGCCUGCGCGUGUCCAGGGUCCAUUUGCGACAGGGCUCCAAAGGUUGCUCGCAGAGGAUAGGUACCCGCCGUAUCCCCCGGAGAGGUCAUAUAUUCAUCGUCUGUUGGCGCUCAGUAUCGUUUAUUUCUUCCUCCUUUUGCAAUUUUUCAUGCCGCAUAUCAAAGUCCUCGUGCGCUUUCUGUAUCAAUACGAGCGAACCCAUCGGGUUACAGAACGGGCGAUAACCACGGCCAAGGACGCGGUGGAUACCCUGGGCAGACGGGGCGUGCAUUUGGGGUCUGCGAUCUUAAACUCCCAGGAAGGAAGGGUGGGUGCCAAUGUGGCAGCUUGGUGGGUGGAGGGCAUUGCCGGUGGGCUUUACGAGGGACUGGGAGAGGGCAUGAUCAUCAUGGGUCUCACCCGACCGCAUGCUGAGAUGGGGAGGGCUUCUAUGCAGGCGCAGAGAUGAUGACCAAAUUGGAUGAUGUUGUCCAACAUAACAUAGACUUUUUAAUUUGAU